UUUACAUCCUGUUACCGGAAGGGCUGCUCGGUUCAGGUGGGAGCCCCUGGGCAGCCGCAGGUGUCAUCUCUAGUUGCUCGGUGACAGGUAGAGCGGUAGCUGCAGGUGAUUUAUUCUUCCUAUCUACAUCCAGAGGAUGGCUUCUGCAGAGGAACCUGUGCCCAGUGUGGAGGACUCUCCAGUACAUGAAGAUGGGUGUGACAGUGCUUCAGUAUCAGAGAAUGACUCCAAACCAAGAGAGAGGACUUCCCUUGUGGACAGUACAGAGGAGUUUGAGAUAAUAGACAGCACUGGGGAAGAUGAUGAUGACUUGAGUGAUCUUCCACUUCUGGAAUCCGUAGUGAAUGAGGGAUCAGGCAAAACACAGACUGAAUCAAGUGAGCAGAGAGAAAAUGGUGCGGACGGAAAAGGGCCAGAAGAAGAGUGGCUAGAUAUUCUAGGUAAUGGGCUUCUAAAAAAGAAAGUAUUGACUCCAGGCAAGGGUCCUGAAAGCAGACCACGAAAGGGACAAGAUGUCACUGUGCGAUUGAAGACCUCCCUAGAAGAUGGUGGUGUUGUAGAAGACCCUGGUUCCUUCACUUUCACUUUGGGAGAUGGUGAUGUGAUCCAGGCUCUGGACCUUUGCGUGCAGCUUAUGGGGACUGAGGAAACUGUACUUAUUGAUGCCAACUCUAAAUAUUGCUAUGGGAAGGAAGGCAGGAGUCCAGAUAUCUUGCCCAAUGCCAACCUUGUCCUUGAGGUGACUCUGCUUGAUGUAAAAGAUGGUCCAGACUUGGAGCUCCUGACUGGGCAGGAAAAGCUGGCCUUGGCUAAUAAGAAGCGGGAACGUGGAAAUUUCUAUUACCAGCAAGCAGACUAUGUGUUUGCUAUAAACUCUUAUGAUAUCGCCCUGAAGAUUGUUAACUCCAGCUCCAAAGUUGAUUUCACACCUGAAGAGGAGGAGGAAUUAUUGGAUGUUAAAAUGAAGUGUCUGAAUAACCUGGCAGCUUCACAGCUAAAGCUAGACCACUAUGAGGCUGCCCUGAAGUCCUGUAACAUGGUGCUGGAGCAGCAGCCAGAAAAUAUUAAGGCCUUGUUCAGGAAGGGAAAGGUCCUGGCCCAGCAAGGAGAAUACACAGAGGCUAUAGCCAUCCUAAGAGAGGCAUUGAAAUUAGAGCCAACUAAUAAGACAAUCCACGCCGAGCUUUCCAAGUUGGUGAAGAAACAUGCAGACCAGAAGAAUGUAGAAACUGCCAUGUACAAGAAGAUGCUGGGAAAUGUGAGCACUUCCACCAGCAAGCCCACCCGAAAGUCUUCUUGGACUAUUUCCUGGAAGUGGCUCUUCGGGGCUACAGCCAUAGCAAUAGGAGGUGUAGCCCUUUCUGUUGUGAUAGCGGCCCGCAAUUAAGGUGGCAUCCUUUGAUUGAGGACAGAAGCCAUUUUCUGUACUGCGAAGAUCUAGAGGCAUCAAAAUUUCUUCUACCUUUACUCUGAAAGAAAUUCUCUUUAAGGUGCCGUGUGCAAUUGAUAAAGAUAUUCUAUGUGAUACUUAGAAACUAUUUUUCUGAACUAAUGCCUUCUCGUGUGUCGCCUGUCAAUUACUGUGAAACAGUGCAGCUUCAUCACAGAGUGCUAGAGAAGCUACAGACCUGGGAUGAACUCCAUACAGUGCUUGAUGUACCUGGAGAAGGAGGAGAAUGUUCUUGUUCUGUAUAUUUAGUGAAAUGUUUAUUCCAAAUUCUUCAGAGGAUUGUUUCCGCUAAAGAAUGUUGAGGUCGGUCUGUGGCGGCGGCAGGAGCUGAUCCGUAGCUACGUUCUGCCCAAGAGACUCUGCACUGCAUCGUAAGGCAUCUUCACAAUCAAGUCAUUUUGGUAGUUGUUGCACAGUCAUUGAAAUAGAAGACCCUGCAGGUUACAUGCUGGACCUCCAGGAAAUAUAGGUGGCCCCAGUACGUAGUGCUCUCUGAAUAUUCAAGAUUAUUUUGGAAAUGAAAGCUAGAUGUAUAUUUAUUAAAUAAAGUUUAAUAAUGGCCUCUGCAUGCAACCUCAGAUGGAAUGGAUUGUAAAUCUAAGGUUUUCCUUAGUUGAUAGUACUUUAAUGGGACCAUCCGCCCUGCGAUUCUAGAAAACCCUGUGGGACCACAUUCCAUUAACCCUAUCAGUCUGCAUUGUUUGCACCUGUUGACAUACUAGUAUGGAUUUGGCAUUGCCAUAUUUAAAAAAAUAAAAAUCCUUCUGUUGAGUCUUCAGUCCAAGUGUCAGUGAUUACAGGCCAUUAAAAUAAUUGGAUUCGCACAGGGGCAUGGUGCCAUUUGGUGAACUUUUAAAGGGAAUGUGUCGUAAGCAUUUAGACCACCAAACCACCACCCUCCUGUUAUCUAGGCCAGUUCACAAUGAUGAUCUUCUAUAUUAGGAAUCGGCAACCUCCGACACUCCAGCUGUUCUGAAACGACAACUCCCCGAAUUCUCAUUUCACUUCUAUGGAAGUUACAAGAACAGCCGAUCAAGUGUGCA